AUACUACGCUAGUGCUACUUUCUUACGACGUCUUUGGAAGUCUAUUGCUGUGAGACUAGCAGCCAACAUGCUCACUUUCCACAGAAGGAAAGUUCCCAACUCGACUAUUCUGGACCCUAAACUCUACUACCUCCUCCUUAAUCUCUUUUUUAGUGUAACGGCUUGGCCACAAGGAGACACCUGCCCAAGCUCUGAGUGGAGCGUCAUGUGUCGUCCAUGUUGUGAGUACCACCUGAUCCAGUGUCGGUGCCCCUCAAAAGGGUCGAGGGUGGGCUACACUGUUCCCUGCUGCCGCAAUGUCCUGGAUCAGUGUGACCCCUGUAUCAUUCACCCAGGCUGCAGUCUGUUUGAGAACUGUAAAACCUGCCACAAUGGAACAUGGAAAGCCAAUGAUGACUUCUUCGUCAAUGGAAAGUAUUGUACAGAGUGUCGCCAAGGCUGGAGUGGAGGGGACUGUAGAAUAUGUGGAGGCGUCAUUCAGCGGGCCCAGGGUCUCAUAGCCAUGGAGAGUUACCCAACAAACGCCCGGUGUGAAUGGACAGUGCAAGUGGAGAAGGACAGCCGCAUCGAGCUGAGGUUUUCCCUCCUCAGUCUGGAGUCUGACCAUAACUGUCGUUUUGACUAUGUUGAGGUGCGUGACGGCAGCGACCUGAACUCCCCUGUGAUUGGUCGGUUUUGUGGGGAUCAGCUGCCCUCCAAUUAAAAAAAGUCUGGAA